AUGAUUUACUACAGGCUUGAUGAAAAUGGAAAGAAGAUUUAUACGCUGAGUCAGGAGAAUACAACCGUGGCAGUUCCAGCAAAGUUCAGUGUUGAGGACAAGAACAGUGUGUACAGAAUAAAGAUCAAAAGGAGGUUUGGGAUACCACCAUUUGACGAAUGA